AUGGAUGAGAAGCAGGUGCAAAUGCUUCAGAUGCAACAGAAGAUGGACGAGAAGCAGGAACAAAUGCUCCAGAUGCAAAAGCAGGCCCUCGAUCGCUUAGCCGUCAUCCAAAGCCGUGUCCAGGCCGUCCUUACACAGACCUACGAGCUUCAUGAGUAUCCUAUUCCACGACUCUUCAUUGUUCUUCCAAAGGCAUCAAGACAUCAAGACAAGCUACUUAAUCCGUUCUCGGAGCAGUUUCGUCUUUAUUUCUUGUGCGAAUGCGGCUCUCACACCAUGUCCGAGGGAACCAAGAUACCGCACGAGAUCCACCUGGCCAAGCACGAGGGAUACGACCUGAGCCGCCCAAACGAGUUCUUUGAGAAGUACGGGUCCUAUGUCCUGACGCUGAUGCAAAUGAUCAAGUACGGGAUCACAAUUGCCGGGGUGAUUGUGCCAUCGCUGGCACAUUUCAAGAUUGCAGAGGGAGUCGAGGCGGUCGAGGGGCGGCUCAAGUUUGUGAAAGAGAAUCUUGGGUCACUGGUAGACAGCACGAUCAACUUCAUUGAGGACCAGCAGCAAAAUAACAAGAGUGGGGUAGAUGCAGCUGAAGAACAGACGAGGGUGGACGAACUUGAUGUCCUGGAGGGAGCAGAUCUUCGACAGCUGGAGUCGUAUCUGAAGGUCCAGGAUGAGGGUCGCGCUCUAGGUAAUCUGUACCGGAUUGUCACUGAGGAAGGACACGUCAAAUGGGUGUGCAUCGAUCACUACCGUGAGAACUAUCGAGAGUCGGCAGUGCAGCAACUGAGAGAUGUAGUGGAAGUCAACUUUGGUACUUUUAUUGAGGAGCAGGGCAAGGUCAAGAUCAAUCUGAUGUCCGCUCCCCAGGCAAAGCAGUUCUACGAGGCACUGGUCAAAGCACGAAGGAUCCAUGAACUGACUGUAAAGCUGUGGUGGGAAAUGACACUGGAAGAUCAUCGGAAACUCCGUGCCGCUAUUACGAAUGCGAAUGUAGCUUGUCUGAAAAUGAAGAGGUUCAGUAGCAAAAAGCCAACAUUGGAUUUUAUCAACCGCAAUCGGCGCUUUGACCCGAUCAUGGAACUCUUGUCGGACGGGCGGCUCCAAGCUGUCACACUACAAGGGUCUGAGGACUUCUUCUCCCGGAUCAGCAGUUCCUCCAUCAGGCCCGCUCCUCGACUUCGAAUUCUAUACAUGCAACCCAUUCACCUCGAGGACGCCGCGUCCCGGACAACAUUCGUCAGACUUCUUCAGAACUGUCCCAACCUAACAAAGCUGCAGCUUGGAACAAAGGAGCUGGGCACCAUCUUCGAUACAGUUAUGCACAAUAUCGAGCAUUUGCCAAACCUUAAAGUGCUGGAAUUACGAUCUCCAAAGGACCACAUCAUCAUCGACCUCCUCAAGAGCGAGGUCCAGGGCGCGUGGGCCGAAUUAAGCAACUCUUGGACUUAUGACCCAUUGCAUCAGCUGUUUUUACGGAAAGGUCUACUCACUCGACUGACGAUUACGAGUGCUGCUAUUGAUCAAGCUAAGGAAUUACUUCCAGAGAUCCUAUGCAGAAAUCCAAGGCUCUUGGAAAUCAAACUCAGUUGCCCAUGCGCACGAUUUCUUGAUAUGCUCGACUUGAUUAUAUCGGCGAGAAAGCGGGGGAGGGCAAAGGGAUACGUUUACGCACCAUUGCGACUCGAUUUUGCAACCCAUUUCGGCGGCACAGCCGACGAUCGUAUCAUCUCCUCUGUACACCUCUCGAAGGAGUCUGAUGUGGUCGACAUGUCCACUGACAUCAAACUGGGGGAUGGAUGGCGGCCUGACCAGGAUUAUCUCUCCUCAUUAAUCAACCGAUACGGAUGGUCCAUUAAUAUACUGAAUGCUCUAUCUGGGAUACUCAGCGAUGAUAUUGCUCAGCAACUGGACAAGUCAACGGAAGAGAAGGGAUCUAGGAUCACAACUCUUAUGCUGGACGCAUAUAAUCUGUCCUUUGUGGGUCUGGAGUGCAUGGCUCGAGUCAUGGAUCGGUCGAGCUAUCUGCAGGAGUUCCAGCUCCACCUUCAAAACACAUUGGUUGACGAUGCAGUGGAGAACCGGCUGCUUCAUAGGCACAAGGAGGCGUUGACUGUGUUGAGGACGCCUGUAGCAUCGGAUGAUUCGCAUAUCCCAUGGCUUGCGAAAACCUUGUCAAGACACGAUGUACGAAGGCUGAAAAUUCUUCAUUUCAUGGCCUGUUAUAGCAAAGCCAUCUUUCCGCAAGAGUACGUUCCUUGGCUCGCUGCAAUGGUCUCCUCUCCAAACGAUCCAUCCGUGCAAAAGUCGCCCCUACCACAGAGUCUGGAAAAUCCCCAGGUACUGCCAUCGGCCGAAGCUGCUGCUGAUACUCCGACGGCAUGGGAGCCAUUGCAGAUGUUCGGACUGUCUGGAUUUUCACUUGAACCGGAGGACUGGAAGGCAAUUAUUGAGGCGCUUGAUUUUUCUAGGCUGAAGAGACUAUACGUUUCCAGGAGCAACUUUUCAAUCGAGCAGUUCAAAACACUGGUUGAUUGCAUUCCAGACGACAGCUCAGAUGUACCGCUAGAACAUUUCUACUUUUAUGGAUCAACUCUUUCUAAACAAAUUAUGUCUUCCGAGAUGCAGCAGCAACGCAAGACACUUUGUGAGAAAGUGCCCCAAAUCAAACUUUUUUUUGGAUGA